GCAUUCAGAAUGGUCCAGCGUUUGACAUAUCGUCGUAGGCUGUCCUACAAUACAGCCUCUAACAAAACUAGGCUGUCCCGAACCCCUGGUAAUAGAAUUGUUUACCUUUAUACCAAGAAAGUUGGGAAAGCACCAAAAUCCGCAUGUGGCGUGUGCCCAGGCCGACUUCGAGGAGUUCGUGCUGUGAGACCUAAAGUUCUUAUGAGGUUGUCUAAAACGAAAAAGCAUGUCAGCAGGGCCUAUGGAGGUUCCAUGUGUGCCAAAUGUGUCCGUGACAGGAUCAAGCGUGCUUUCCUUAUUGAGGAGCAGAAAAUCGUUGUGAAAGUGUUGAAGGCACAAGCACAGAGUCAGAAAGCUAAAUAAAUAAACAAAUGAAGCUUUUUUGAGUAAUAAAAAAAGUCAAAAGCCUUGUUCUGUUA